AUUCAAAAUUUAUCACUUCAGUUUGAAGGAUGGGAAUUUGCUUUGAGCCCUGAUCAAUUUAACCUUGUUUCGAUCCUCAAAUUCCGUCGUAUGAAAGAUGACUUCACGUACAAGAAGAGUGUUGAGCAUGCUGAAAUAUUUAAGUUUGUAUUGUACAUUGCGGAAACAGCAACUGAUAAAAAAUGGAAAGAAGUCGCUUCAGCUCUCAAAGAAAAUGAAAUGAUUAAAGUAAGUGCUUCAAAAUUCUGUAUUAAAGAGAAAGGUCUGGAUAGAGAUGGAAUUGGACGAUGUCGAAACAACCACCUAAGCGAGACGCGGUCUCUUUAUCAAGAACGUUGUUCGUUUGCACGCCAAACGCAGUGGGAGGAAGUUAAAUUAUUCUGGAAUAUUGUUGAAAACGAAAAAGUUGACUUAGAUGAACGUUUGUUGAAAAAGAAGUUGGAGCAAGCCAAGACCCAGUUUAUUGUUGAUCGUUAUGUGUCAGGGAAUGAAGCUCAUGUGAUCGCAGACAAGGCAAAAUUAGAUUAUAUGUUGGCCCUUGACUCUCCUAGUGUUCUUACAAUACCACCAUCCGAUACUUCUUUCAAAACACCACCACUCGAUACUUUUCUCACAACACCACCACCCAAUACUUCUCUUACAACACCAGGAAAUAAGGCCAAUACUGUCUUGAACGAGAAUCAGAAGGAUAAACCAAUAACUGGAAGUAAGCGAAAAUAUCCAAAUGAGGAAUCAACUCUGUCAACUCCGUCAACUCCCCCAAAUAAGCAUGCAAGUCCACCAGAAAGCUGGAUUCGCUCAAAAGAGAAGAGUAAUUCUGGAAAUAUCUUUCCCAACAUCCUUCCCAAUGGUACAAUACUACAAGAACCACCACCAGCACCAGAUUUCAUUUCAAUUGGAAUUUGUCCUCGGGAAAACUUGUUAAAGACAUUUUUGCUAAAAAUUUAUCUCAAAGAAAAUGAAAUGAUUAAAGUAAGUGCUUCAAAAUUCUGUAUUAAAGAGAAAGGUCUGGAUAGAGAUGGAAUUGGACGAUGUCGAAACAACCACCUAAGCGAGACGCGGUCUCUUUAUCAAGAACGUUGUUCGUUUGCACGCCAAACGCAGUGGGAGGAAGUUAAAUUAUUCUGGAAUAUUGUUGAAAACGAAAAAGUUGACUUAGAUGAACGUUUGUUGAAAAAGAAGUUGGAGCAAGCCAAGACCCAGUUUAUUGUUGAUCGUUAUGUGUCAGGGAAUGAAGCUCAUGUGAUCGCAGACAAGGCAAAAUUAGAUUAUAUGUUGGCCCUUGACUCUCCUAGUGUUCUUACAAUACCACCAUCCGAUACUUCUUUCAAAACACCACCACUCGAUACUUUUCUCACAACACCACCACCCAAUACUUCUCUUACAACACCAGGAAAUAAGGCCAAUACUGUCUUGAACGAGAAUCAGAAGGAUAAACCAAUAACUGGAAGUAAGCGAAAAUAUCCAAAUGAGGAAUCAACUCUGUCAACUCCGUCAACUCCCCCAAAUAAGCAUGCAAGUCCACCAGAAAGCUGGAUUCGCUCAAAAAAUUGGAAUUUGUCCUCGGGAAAACUUGUUAAAGACAUUUUUGCUAAAAAUUUAUCUCAACAUACUGAAAUGUUAAAAAAUAAAAAGAAGCUGACUGCAGAAGAGAAAGCAACUUUAAGAUAUGGAGUAUCAAGAGUUAUUGAUCUUUCAGCUCAUAUGCGAGUAUGGUUUACUGAAACUGAACGUCAGGAUAUGAUGAAAGAUCAUGAAGAAAUUCUCAAAGUUCCCGAAUUGACAAAAGACAUUAAUGAGUUCAUUGCAAAGGUGGAAAAAAUGAUAAAGGAAGGCGAUGCUAAUGGGGCAUAUAAAUAUUGUCUUAAUCAGCAUGCAGAUGCAUCCGUCAAUACGUGUUUUUACAAAAUAAGUAAAAUAUAUGGUGAUUUUCUCUACAAUAUUAAAGAUGGAAAUGAUCUUUUAUAUUGUGGCGGUGAGCAUCACACCGAAAUUGAUGUUAUUGUAAAAACAUGUUCUUACAUUGUCAAUGGACUGCAGAAUGGAACUGAAAUACAUUGUAAAUGGGGAGAGUCUUUUUGUCCUUUAAGCCAGUCCGCUAAUUAUGAAAGAGGUAGGAAAUGUGAUGUCCGAUUUUUAAGUCAUACGGGAAUAGAUCUUGGUGAAUGGGAGUUUUCCGCUCAAGCAACUCCAACUAAAGCAAUCGAAGAUCGUUGUCGCCCAGCUAGGAUAAACCAAUCCAUCUUAAAUGGCCUGUUGAGCAGAGAUUUAACUGACGCACAAACGGGUAUUAUCAAGGUUCCAUAUUUACAAAUUGCAGGUGUCUUUGGACAACUAUUGGUAGAAGACUUGGUAAAUGGUUUCUAUGUCAUUUAUCCGGGACCAAUAUUUGAGAUACCAACAAGAUUGAAUCACAUUAGAAAAUUAAAAUCGGUGAUAAUAUCUUUUAAGCAUAUAAUGGAAAUGUAUAAAGAAGUCAACGAAAUACUUGAUGAGUUAAACCAUAGUCGGAACUUACUUGAAGAUAUUUUCAAAGUUGAUGGCGUUAGAUCAUUACGACACAAUUCAUACAAAUCAGUGUUCAUCCAUAAACCAUGGUGGACACCAAAGAGCAAAUCUCAAAAAUCUCAAAAUGUUGAGUUUAGAGAUAGAAUCACGAAAGUGGAACAGAGGCAGUUGCAAAAUGAUAACAUUACUAAGGUAACCAAUUCUCCUAAUAAUAGUUCAUCUAACUUCAAUUCGAUUACAGAUCAGUUACCUAUGGUAACGCAUUAUGAUAAGGAAAUAAAUACUUCAUUAUCCAAAGAACCGAUACCAGAGGAGAUAUCCGUGUUAGCUGUCAAGCUCAGUGGAGUAAAUGGUGCAGUACCGGAG